UCCGGAGUUUCCGAUCCCGAUCUCGUUUCCCUCCGUCUCUUCCCGGUAUUUCAACUCUCUCAUCGAUUUCUCCAUCUCUUCCUCCCUGGAUUUCCGGUGUUCGUAUUCAUUCGUGUUUAAGCUCGUUGUGUAAUCGGGACGCUCCAACGGAGUGUUUCGGGACUUCCGCCGGCCCGAUUCAUUUGUUUACUCUGGCUUGGCGUAGUACCAGCUUCCCUUGCCAGUAACCGAAUAGUCUCAGCGAUAGCUCUGUUUGAUCUCAUGAUUUAAUUUAUACUUUUUUGUCCGUGCGUUGAUAUCUCAAUUUGAGCAUAAUAUAAUUUUUUCCCCUCCGCCUUGUGAAUUGGAAGUUCGCUUAGUUAGUUGCUCGGAGCUCAAGGUCUAUGAAAUUUGGUCUUUUCUGAUUGUUCCCCGUGAUUCUAAGGGCUUGAGAAUUUCACCUCGGACUCUUAUCGAUUUAGACGCUUGCAUUUGAGAAUUUUUGGAGUAAGUACCAAUCCUAAACAUGGUUGCAGGUGACAGGAGGUCAACAUGGCGGCUUCUGAAGAGAAUAGUGCAUUGUUCCCAAUUUUUAUUCUGACAAUAAUGGCACUGCCCUUGGUGCCUUACACAAUAAUGAAGUUGUGCCGUGCUGCCUCAACGAAAACAAAGACCAUCCACUGUAAAUGUUCUGAGUGUACCCGUUCGGGGAAGUACCGAAAAUCUCUCUUCAAGCGGAUUUCGAACUUCUCGACAUACAGUAAUUUGACGGUGAUACUACUCUGGGUCAUCAUGAUAUUCCUAGUUUGUUACAUAAAGAACAUGAGCCGAGAGGUUCAACCUUUUGAUCCAUAUGCCAUACUUGGAUUGAAACCUGGAGCCUCAGAGACAGAAAUUAAAAAGAGUUACAGGAAGCUUUCUGUUCAAUACCAUCCUGACAAAAAUCCAGAUCCAGAUGCUCACACAUACUUUGUGGAGUUCAUAACUAAGGCUUAUCAAGCACUGACAGAUCCAAUAUCUCGUGAGAACUAUGAGAAAUAUGGCCAUCCAGAUGGUAGACAGGGAUUUAAAAUGGGAAUUGCUCUUCCUCAAUUUCUGCUUGACAUUGAUAGUGCAUCUGGUGGAAUUCUUCUACUUUGGAUCGUUGGUGUUUGUAUUCUCUUGCCAUUGGUGAUAGCCGUUAUAUAUCUUUCAAGGUCUGCGAAAUAUACUGGGAAUUAUGUCAUGCACCAAACCCUCUCAGCAUACUACUAUUUCAUGAAACCAUCACUAGCCCCAAGCAAAGUGAUGGAGGUUUUCACAAAAGCUGCUGAAUAUAUGGAAAUUCCUGUUCGGAGAACUGAUGAUGAGCCUCUUCAGAAGCUCUUUAUGUCUGUUAGAAGCGAGUUGAAUUUUGACCUCAAGAACAUUAAACAAGAACAGGCUAAAUUUUGGAAGCAGCACCCUGCUGUUGUUAAGACAGAAUUGUUGAUUCAAGCUCAGUUGACUCGGGAAUCAGCAGCCCUGCCCCCAGCAUUGCAAGGCGAUUUCAAACGCGUGCUAGAACUUGCUCCUCGUCUUCUUGAAGAACUGAUGAAGAUGGCACUUAUACCACGCAAUGCUCAGAUGCACGGAUGGUUGAGGCCUGCUAUAGGGGUUGUUGAGCUCUCUCAAUGCAUCACUCAGGCUGUUCCGCUCAGUGCGAGGAAGUCAACAGGAGGUUCGGCCGAGGGGGUUGCUCCGUUUUUGCAGCUGCCACAUUUCAGUGACUCUGUUAUCAAGAAGAUAGCUCGCAAGAAGGUGAGAACAUUCCAGGACUUCUCCGAGAUGUCCCCAGAAGACCGAGCAGAGCUUCUCACUCAAGCAGCAGGAUUCAACUCAUCGGAGGUGCAUGAUUUGGAAACCGUACUUUCAAUGAUGCCAUCCGUAACAACCGAAGUCAGAUGUGAGACAGAAGGCGAAGAGGGCAUACAAGAGGGUGACAUCGUCACAGUCCAAGCCUGGAUCACCGUGAGACGACCCAAUGGCCUCCCUGUCGGACUCCCACAUUCUCCAUACUACCCUUUCCACAAGGAAGAGAACUACUGGUUCCUCCUCGCAGACCCUGUCUCAAACAACGUGUGGUUCUCCCAGAAGGUGAACUUCAUGGACGAGGCAGCUGCCAUCACUGGCGCUUCCAAGGCCAUUGAAGACACGAUGGAGGGAUCAGGAGCGAGCGUGAAGGAGAUCAGUACAGCUGUCAGGGAAGCGGUAGAGAAGGUGCGGAGCGGGUCCCGCCUGGUGAUGGGGAAAUUCCCUGCCCCGGCAGAGGGGAACUAUAAUUUGACUUGCUUCUGCAUGUGCGACGCUUGGAUAGGGUGUGACAAGAAGACGAGCUUGAAGGUCAAGAUUCUGAAGCGAACCAGGGCUGGCACACGUGGCGGGUUCGCGAACGAGGAUGGACCUGUUGCCGAGGAUGGGAUCGAGGAGGAAGAGGAGAACGAGGAAGAGGAGUACGAUGAUGAUUACGAGAGCGAGUACAGCGAGGAUGAGGAAGAAGAGAAGGAUACAAAGAGGAAAGGUGGGGCGAAUGGGACUGUCCAUAGAAAGGAGUCGAGUUCUGAGGAUGAGGGUGAAGAUGAAAAGUGA